AUGGACAUUUGCACGGGUAAGGAAAAGAAAGAUGGGAAUGCAGAUGCUGGAUCUCGUCAGAAGUACAAAACAUGGACUGAUGACAGCAACGAGUUCAUGCUUCAGUGGUAUAUUGACUACCUGAAGGAAAAAACUGCUACCUCUACGUGGAAGCAACACUACCACCAUAUGUGCGCAGAAGCUUUAAAUGCUAGAUUUGGACUUGGAGCUACCACACAACAAGUUGAUCGCCAUUUUAGGGCAUUCAAGGAGAAGUGGAAUUGGAUAAAACCUAGAAAAUACAACUAUCUUACACGACCUAUUAAAUUUUUCCAUUUUAUGGAAGAGCUAUUUGGAGAAUCUACCAAAGCUAAUGGAUCCUUGGCUGUUGACCAGUGCACUGUGGAUGGUGAAGAUGAUAAUAAUAGAUCAGGGAGUGAUGAAGUAUAUACUCCUGAACAUGCUGAGAAUGAUUCAAACACUAUUGCUCCUAGAUGCCCACCACUUGUAGGCUCUAGUUUCAGCAUUAAACGAAAGAAUAAGAAGUCGCCUUGGAAGAAGCAUGUAAAGGAUAAAGCAAAACGUGCUAGAGCAACAGGGGAUGAUGAAAUAGCUGCAAGUAUUGCCAUGCUUGCCAAAUCCAUUGCAUCAAGUUGCUCUGCAACUACAGAUCCGUAUGCUAAUCUUUGGAAGCAUAUUGAGGAUAUACCUUUCCCACCGAGGGACAAGGUUGACAUUGCAACCGACCUUUCAAAGCUAGAGCAGGUUCAUUUGCGGAACUACUUGAAUGCUGCAUCAGACUAG